ACUCGGGCCACCGCAGAAGCCUUUACGCAGUGCUUGCUGAACGGUUCCGCGGCAAAAUGGGUCUGCACACCUGAAUGAACUUGCAACUCUGCCCUGCGCAACUUAACUUGAAAUGGAAUAGGAAUGUAGAUGGUGGCCUUACGCGCGGGGCAGCGGGAAGAAGCCGCUGUCCCUCGCGCCCAGGGCUUGCACCCGGCCAGCCGGCGAAACAGUUCCUUCUGCGAGAACGAUUUGCCAAUGUAGUUACGCGACCAUCCGCAUCUAGCGGCAACUAUCGCGAGCAACCUCCAGAGGGGCGACCAUGGGCUCCAGCGCAGCGCUUGGUCGCGAGCGCCAGCACUGCAAAGGAGAUGGUGCAGUCUGCAAACCAGAUACUACACCAGCUGGAAGCCGCGAACGCGGCGACGCAGGCCGCGAAUGGUGGUGUCAACAACACCAUUGUCUCUGGCUAUUCCAGCUCCUCCGGCAGCAUGUCGCCGCUUCAAAACAGCGCAGACAGCAUGUCCUCGAUGGACGAGUACAGCACCAGCAUGGACUUUUCCGACUUGGCGAACGAGGAGGCGCUGGACGCUGGCAAGGGCGAUGGCGCAGCGGGCGGCUACGGCAAAGCCAACUACGAGGUUCUGCGCCUGGACGCCACCGCCCGCGCGCGGCGCUUCUUCGUGCGGCGGCGCGACCUGCUUCGCGAGCACAGGCUGCAGCCGCGCGACCUGCGCCGCAUCGACCCCUCGAUCGACUUCACCAAGACCUCGCCCUCCAUCACCAUAAAGGAGGACGUGCUGCUGCUCAACCUGGGAGGAGUCAGGGCCAUCGUGACGGCGCGAGAAGGCGCUGCUGUUUGAGCCCAACUCCGCCACCACGCGCAAGUUCCUGGAGGU